AUGGGCCCGCAGAUAGCACCCCCUGCCCCAGCCAGGAAGAGAGAGAACCCAGGCGUCCUGCCCCCGCCGAAGGAACCCGCCCCGCCCUUUAAUGGCAGUACGUUGCGGAGGAGCCUGGCGGGCCGCUUACCCCUCCCCUUUAGCUACGACUAUCCCGUUGGGGGCGAGCCGAGGCGGAUUCUUCUCCGGCCCGGGCAAGGUGUCCGGGUUACGCGGCGGGUGGAGGCGCAGCGCCUUGGAGAGGGGCGCGGGGCCCCGGGAGCGCAGCGCCUUGGAGAGGGGCGGCACGGCGCGCGUCUCCACUCCCAGCGCCGGCUCUCAGCCCCCCAUGAGCCGGCGAUCCGUCCCACGGCACAUUCCCGGCCUGGCACCGAUGUCUUGCUCACCCCUCACGCUUCUUCGUUUGUCGACGCAUCCGACGUGGACUGCUUACCUCCAGGCGCCCGAGUGCCAACUCCCACUGAGGCCGUUAGAGGAUCCGGGGCCUGCACCGCUGCCUGCCGGGGAGGGAAACACCUAUGUGGGCGAAUGUGCAGCUCCUCCUCUGCAUCCUCAGGGAGAUGCCGUUUCCACCGAACCACGGACCUGAGCGCUGCCCCAGCCGACGCCUCCCCUGCCACCCUAAGUGCCAGCGCGGGACCACUAUGCUCGUGGGCGGCCGCUUCGUCCAUCGUCUUUCCUGGCCCGCGCGUGUUCUGUCUGUGGCUGACCUGACCACGGGGCGAGGCCGAAGCAGAGGAGAUGCCCCCUGGGAGCCUGCGUCCUGCCAUGGACUCUAGACUACUAUGCGUGUGAUGCUACCGCACCUGGCUUUUCCCUGGGUGUGGACUGAGCAGCGGGGGCUUAACAGCCAGGUCUUCUCUAGUUCGGGCUGCCAGGAGCGUCCUCCCCGUCCACGCGGACGUGGCCCAGCUUCCCUCCCCGGGCGGCCUGUCCCUGGUCCACACGGGCGCCACCUUUCGGGGCCAUGGGAAUGCAUCAAGCUGAUCCAGAACGAGACGGACGGGCCGCUCCCCAGCAGCCACGAGAUAACCCGGAAGGUGGGACGUGUGGAAGAGAAACUGGCCAACUGGACCUUCUCCACGGCCGAUUCCCCGGCACCUGCAGACCUUUCAGUGGCCUUGCUCCAGGCCCAGUUCUCCCUGCCCCCCGCCUAUGGCGGGCUGGGGCUUAGGACAGAGCAGGAGGAGUGGGAGGCCAUGGCUGAAGAGGGAGAGGAGCUGCGGGUCAUUCUUCAGCCCCGGCAGAAGCUCUACUGGUGGCAGUAUCACCUGGGCUUGGGGAACCGGCCUGUACUCUUCUGCCGCUGCCUCAAGGUGACUCGUAGCCCCGCGUCACCUGACCACCUCCCGCUGCCCUUGUCGGACUCAGGGGAAGCUGGCGUCUGACUGGGGAAGGGAGGCUGGCAGUAGGGGAAAGGUUAACGUUGUCGCUGAAUAAAUGAUGUUCUAUU